AUGUGCCACGAAAUCAUUUGGGAACUCCCCUGCGGCCACCGCCGUAUCCUGCGCACCAACUGCGACGACUACUCCUCCGAGCCAACCCCUCCGGGCUCAUCCUCCUCUUGCCGUAUGUUGCCUAAAACCUACGGCGACCUUGACAAUAAAGGCGCCUUCUGUAUCGAACCCAAGUGUCAGUACCAGAGACGAGGCUGGUGCUGCUGCAGCUGCCUGAACCGGAACCUCGGACACCCAGAGGUCGUCUGCCGGAAUUCCCCGUCCCCUGCCCCGGCCGGCAGCCCACCUCCCGGCCCUUCUCCGGAGCUCGCAUGUGGCCAUCGUCGGUGCGCCGGGUGCAUGAGCGACCGUGUGUAUCAUCGGGUUGCGCGCAAAAUUGAAGAGAUGAUCGCAGCGCAUGAAAUCGACUACAAUGGAAACCUAAUUGAGAACAAGGAUGAUGGCCAGGCAGGUAGUGAAGAGGGCGGGUCAGACGACGACAAUGAAGGCGCGAAUGAGGAUUAA